GCACCUCAAGGUUUUUGAAACAUUAUUGCAAAUUAGCAAUAGUAUUCGCUCUGAACCCACAUGCCCACAACACAACAAAGAUUUCGCACGGCUGAGGAGUAUCACAGAAUAGAAUCUGUAUACUCCUUGCGUCAGGACUUCACUUGAAAUUCUUCCCAUUACUGCUUGCCUCGAGUAAGACAAUUGAAAAACUCGACCCCACCCUAUUGACUGCGGUUCUAUAUUAGUCUGUCUAGGCUACGCCCUUGAACAAGAAUUACAGCCGCAGUUAUGAUUCCUCCCAUCCCCAAUCUUGCUGAUUAUGGAAUCUCGCCAAACCAUGGCUUCCUUCCGGAUGUCCUCCCCUUGACGAGGCUUCCAGAUCCAUAUUACAACAAGUGGGAGGCUGUCGCCACCAAUCUUCAGAGCUUGAUACUGAGCAAGCGUCUUCGAGGAGUCAUCGACCGUCUUCCGGUCCUCUCCACCAUCGGUCUGGAACAUGAUGCAGAAUGGCGCAGAGCCUACAUGCUCCUCACAUUUUUCGCUCAUGGCUACAUCUGGGGAGGUGACAUUCCUCAGGAACGUGUGCCGCCCAGUAUCUCAGCUCCACUACUCAAGAUCUGCGAGCAUCUCGAGGUUCCCCCUGUCUCUACAUACGCGGCCUCCGUUCUAUGGAACUUCAAGCCGCUCUUCAUAGAUGAGGGUAUCGACGAUCUCGACAAUCUUGCCACUUUGAUCACCUUCACUGGUUCUUUGGACGAGUCCUGGUUUUACCUCGUCUCCGUCGCAAUUGAAGCUCGAGGUGGUCCCAUCAUCCCGCUCAUGCUUACAGCUCUCGCUGCCGCCCGUCAAGGUGAUGCUGCAACCGUAACACGUUGUUUGCAGGGCUUUGCCGAGCGUCUUGAUGAUCUGGGUGAGUUGCUCCACCGCAUGCACGACAUGUGUGAUCCGAGCUUCUUCUAUCGUCGCAUCCGCACUUUUCUCGCUGGCAGCAAGAACAUGGCCGAAGCCGGACUUCCCAACGGUGUCCUCUGGGACGAUGGCACCGGCAAGUCCAGCUAUGUCCAGUACUCUGGCCCCAGCAAUGCGCAGAGCUCUCUUAUCCAGUUCUUCGACAUCAUUCUGGGCAUCGAGCAUCGCCCUACCGGCGAGAAGGCCGGCGCCUCGGAGUCGGACCGCGAGGGACGCAUGCGCGGCCCAACUCACAACUUCAUUCAAGACAUGCGCCGCUACAUGCCUGGUCCGCACGCUCGAUUUCUCAACGACGUAGCAUCCAUUGCCAACAUUCGUGAGUUUGUCGAGAGCCGCGCCACGACAGAUCGUCCGCUGGCUCUCGCUUACGAUGCCUGCCUGGCCAUGCUUCGCUCUUUCCGCGACAUCCACAUUGCCAUCGUCACUCGCUACAUCAUCCUGCCCUCGCGCGAAAACCGCGCGCGCAGUCGCAGUCGCAGCCCCGAGGCUGUCCGCAGCCGCCAGAACCUCGCCACCGCCUCCAAGAACGCCGCCCAUAAAAAGGUCAAGGGUACUGGGGGUACCGCGCUCAUCCCGUUCCUGAAGCAGGCCCGCGAUGAGACUGGCGAGCCGGCCGUCGAGAAGUGGUCGAAGCGCUUCAUGAGUCGCGCCACUCGCGCGACCGGCCAGAACGACUUCUUUCUCGGUAAGGCCGAGGAAGAGCAGGUCGUUGACGAGCCGGUCGUUGAGCACGGUUUGGCUGGUAUUUGGGCCAUUGACGACGACGUUGGCGGAAUCUGCAGUUACUAAGUCUUGGGAUAUGUCAGCACUUGAUAGUUAUCGACACAAUCUGGAGGGUUCUCCUAAUCCUCGUCCGAAGUCUCACAGUGAGGCUGCCAAAUGUUACUCCGUGACGUAUCUUUCCAUGAAAAGGGAACAGGCAAACGUAGCAGUUGUGUGACGAUUGAAAAUGCCUUUGGGCUGUAAUGUUGCAGUGCUCUCGCUUCUCAAAUGUUUAACCAUCACGGGAGAGAUCCAUAUUAGUCCCCCGAUUGUGUUUCAAUCCAGUCCAGAUCACACUUUCAAAUUCCACCUCUGACUCUCUAGCAAAUCCCCGUAUUGUUCUAUCCCUCGAGUUCUGAAGCAAGCUUCAACGCCACAGUUGAGAUUGCCCGAACGUCUCGCAUGCAGGUAUAUACCCCCACGGGCCUUUG